AUGUCGCACCACGUCAAGAUCCGCGAUCUGCGCGAUAAGAGCAAGGAUGAGCUGUUGAAGCAGCUCAUGGAGUUCAAGAAGGAGCUCUCGCAGCUUCGCGUGGCGCAGCAGCUGAACAGCGCGGGUACCCGCCUCGGACGCAUCCGUCUGAUCCGCAAGAGCAUUGCCCGCAUUCUGACGGUGCUGAACCGGAACCAGCGCGAGAGCCUCCGCAAGGUUUACGCAGGCAGGAGGCUGCGCCUGGCAAUGCCCAAGGCUCUUCGUCCGAAGUUGACCCGUCGCCGUCGUCUCGCACUGAAGGACAAUGAGAAGAACCGCAAGACUCGCCGUCAGCUUCGUAUGGCCCGAAAGUUCCCCAGGCGUGUCUACGCUGUGAAGCUUUAG